AUGUCCGGAGCCGCAACCGCUAGUAUGGACAGCAAGGCCACGGACAAGAAAGCGAAGAAGUUUUUCCUUCCACAACCUGCGGUCGACCUCCGAGAAGCACUGUACGCCAACGGACGGCAACCAUCGGACUCUGAGAAGCGGGCGGUUUACGAGAUGAUAGUCAAGAUGGAGGGCUGCGAGUCCUACGCUCGCAAGACACAUUCCAAUUUCUGUACGCAUAUUGAGCGCAAAAGAAAGACAGGCUUCAGAGACUACGUCGUGGCAUGGCUACAACAGGUUCCCAACCCGUCUCUCGCGGACGUGCUCUUGUGGUCGCGCGUGCUUCAGGUGUCUCCAUCCGUCGUAUUCGAGAUCAUCAUGGCGGAGGUCCCGCGUGGCGUCACAGAGUUUGUGGAGCACCAGCAUGCGCUGAGCUUGUGCAACACGAUGAACCCGUCUGUGUGAUGGCGCUUUGACCUUUGUAGCCAUGAUUGGGAGAGUGGAUAAAUCGGGCAAAGAGACUUACACGUCGUCUUCGGCUCUCCCUAGUGAGGUGUGUCCUGCACUAGAUUGUUCACGCAUGUCCCUCUGUGUCCCCCUCCCUGGCAUACUUCAAAACCUUCGUGGAUGUGGAUAUCACUGUUUUUUCUUGGCAUAAAGUUUCCCGUAGGCACGAGGAUUACUGUCGUGG